AUGAGUACACUCUUUGUUAAAUGUAUACAAUGUAAUUAGAGACCUGCAACAAUCAAAUGUCAAUAAUGUAAAUAAGGAUAAACGAUCAGAUUAUGUUACAAUUGUGAUUUAAUAGUCCAUAAUAAAUAAGCGCCAAUUGAUUAAUAACACAAAAAAGAAAUCAUUCCUUACUAAGGUGAGUAAUGAAAUCUCAUUAAAAAUAGAAAUGUAUUCAAAAGCUCCACAAAAUUCAAGUGCCAUUAAUCUAGGCAAUAAAAAUGAUUAAUAAAUUUAAUCAAAAAAAUAAUAGCUUUAACAAUAACAAGUAUAAUCUAAAGUUCCUAUUUAAAUUAAAUAAGAACUUCCUUAAUAUGUUUAGAAGCCAAUUCAAAAUAUUGUUAAAGUGUCACAAUAAUUACCACAAAAAGAAAUUAACUUUUCUAAUCAAAGAUAAAAUAAUAUAAUAAAAAAUGAAUCUAAAGAUGAAGAAUAUUAAAAUAAUUCUUAAAAAAAUUCAGUAUUUCAUUUUAAUUUAGAUUUUAGGAUUAAAAAAAUUAAUCACUCAUUAAUUAAUUAAAAGAAGAAAAAGAAUAGAGUUAACAAUUAUAAAAAGAGUUAAAAUAAACUUAAGAUUAUUUAAAUUAAGUGAAUAAAGAGGUGGAAAAAAAAAUGUAAAUUUAUAUUAUAAUUAUUUUAUAAAGAAAAUAAUCAUAACAAGAUUUGGAAAAAAAGUUGAAUGAUUUAAAAAAAGAAAGUGAAGAAGAAAAGAAAAAAACAUAAAGUCUUACAGCUGAUGUUAAAAAACUCAAAGAUUAGUUAAAAAAUGCAGAAGCAUAAACAUAAAAAAAGUUAGAUUAAUAAAAAAAAUAAUAUGAAAAAUAAAUGUAAGAAUUAGAAUAAGUGAUUCUGGAAAAAUAAUAGUAAAUUGAUGAAAUUGCUUAAGAAUUUUAGAAUUAUAAUUUGGAAGAUAUAUAAGCCAAAAUGGAAGAAAUGGCAAAUGAUAUAAAUAUGAAAGAUUAAUUAAUUGAAUAAUUUUAGACUCAAUUAUAAAAUGGAGAAGGAAAUCAAAAAGAAGAUUAAAAUAUAAAUAAAGAAGAUAUUUUAUAAGAAAUAGAAUAGAAAGAUUAAGAAAUUAAAAAAUUAGAAGAACUAAUUGAAAAUUUCAAAUAAUUAUAUUAACACAUGUUAGAUGAAAAAUAAGUUAUUAUGGAAGAAAAUGAAAAAUUAGCAAAUGAAAAUGAUUAAUUUAGAGAAAUUUUCAGUGUAUUUUGAUAUCUAAUUUAGUAAAAUCUACAUUUAUUUGGAAUUGACCCUAAUUAAUUAGAAGAAGAAGGAGAAGGAGAAGGAGAGGGAGAAGAUAGAGAAGGAGAAGAAGUAGGUAUAUAUUUAAUUUAAUUAAUGAGAUAAUUGAGG